AUGCACUUGUACCGAGCUGGUAUUCUCACCGUGUCGGACACGGCGUCUGCUGAUGCAUCUCUGGAUCGAUCCGGUGCGGUACUCUCGGAGCAACUUGUUACUGCUGGAUUUAGGGAUGUGCAACGAAGGAUCUGUCCCGACAACGUCGAUGCGAUUCGAGGUCAAGUUCAAAGUCUCGUCGACGACGAGCAUGUGCAGUUGGUCAUCACGACAGGAGGCACCGGCUUUGGCUUGCGCGAUGUAACGCCGGAAGCAGUCGAACCGCUGAUCACGCGCAAGACUCCUGCACUGACACACGCGCUCACCGCGCAUUCGCUCACAAAGACACCGCUCGCCGCUCUCUCUCGAGGCAUCACUGGCAUUCGAAAGUGUGCGUCUGACAAAGAAGCGCUCAUCGUCUGUCUACCUGGCUCACCUAAAGCAGUCAAGGAAUGCCUCCAAGUGUUGCUGGGCAACGGUUUGCUCAAGCAUGCUCUCGAGCUCUUGGCCGGUGGCUCAGGCGAGCCAAGGCAUAAGCAAAUGCAAGGCGGAUUGCACAGAACUAGUGCUGCUACUGCUAAUGCUGCCGCUGCUGCUGUAGACACUUCCACUGAGACAGGAUGUGCUCAUCACCACCACCACCACCACCAUCAUCACGGUGGUAGCGGACUGCACUCGCACUCAGCCCCUAAACCACGAACGACGCCCUUGGACCACUCAGCCUUCCGCACCGUCGACCCUUCUUCCGGCGCUUCGCUUCGACACCGCACGUCGCCUUACCCACUUUUGCAUCUGGACGAAGCGCUAUCGUUGAUCGCACAACACACUCCCUCACCGACGACCAUCGAGACGCUUGCGCUCAGCACCCAACUCAUUGGGCACGUGUUGGCCGAAGACGUCAAGGCGACGUGCGAUCUGCCACCGGGUGCGACGACCAACGUCGACGGCUACGCGGUGAAAGCCAGCGCUACGCCGCCGGGUGUCUACGAGGUGAUAACGCUCCAGGCGCUUCAGUCUGGCUCGGCACUGGAAGCCGGCAAGAUCUUGCGCAUCAAUACAGGACAAGGAUUGCCAGCAGCGACUGACUCGGUUGUGAUGGUGGAAGACACCGAGCUGAACUCAUCGCAUGUGGAAACGGGAGAAGAGCUCACGGUGAGGAUCCUAGCUCAAGUAGAGCAAGGCGAAAAUGUUCGUGCCAGGGGAAGCGACGUUGAGGCGGGACAAGUGGUGUUACGCAAGGGUACGACGAUCUCGGCGCUGGGAGGCGAGAUUGGAACGCUGGCAUUCCUCGGACGAAGCGAGGUGAAAGUGUACCGGAAACCGACCAUUGCGAUUCUGAGCACAGGCAAUGAGCUGAUUGAUCCGGCUCGCGCGCCUACAGCCGCUAGCACGACCACAGAGUGGGGGUUCAACGUCUUUGACGCGAACCGACCUGGUCUACACGCCGCGAUUCGCGCGCUUGGAUUCGAGAUUGUGGACCUGGGCAUUAGCUCGGACUCGGUCGAUUCGACGCUCGCUGCGCUGACUCGCGGUCUUGGCGAGGCGGAUGUGAUCCUUACCACUGGCGGGACGAGUAUGGGCGAGGCGGACCUACUGAAGCCGCUGAUCGAGCGUCAGCUCAAGGGCACCAUCCACUUUGGCCGCGUCGCAAUCAAGCCUGGAAAACCAACCACGUUUGCGACGGUCGAGGACAAGAUCAUCUUUGCUCUGCCGGGGAAUCCUGCCUCUGCGCUGGUUACGUUUUACGUGUUUGUGCUUCCGUGUCUGCGCAAGUGGUGCGGGUUUGCUCCCAACGACGACGCUGUGAAUGCGUGGAACUUGCCCAAAGUGGCCGUUACACUCGCAGCCGAGAUGCGCCUGGAUGCACGACCCGAGUUCCACAGAGUAGUCGUCAAAGCCGAACAUGCCGCCUUGGUCGCCUACAGCACCGGCUCUCAGAGAAGCUCAGGUAUGCACAGCAUGUCGACCGCAAACGCUCUAAUCGCGCUCCCGGCGCUCCAGCCCGGCGCUCCAUCCGUCUUGCCAAAAGGCUCGCAAGCACACGCCAUCUUACUCGGCACCAUUGUGUGA